AAGCGCGCACACAAUCUGAUGAAUUGAGUGUCCGCUCAGAUGUUCACCACGCGCACAGCUGUGACGUUUGUCUGUUUAGCAAAACUGCUCUUGCAACAUUGCUGGUUCCGCUGAGAGGACUUAAAAACAUCGUGAUCUGGGAUAUACUGAUGCAUUUUUCAUCAAGAUAUACAGUGACCUUAUGAGAAAUCAUAUUUUAAUGUUUCUUCCGUUUCGAUAUGUUGUUUUUUGUGUAAAAAUUACAUUUUAGUUUGAAUGAAGCUGAAGAGGAGCAUAUUGCUUCUGGCGCGCUAGGUGCUAUUUUUCUUUCGCCAACAGAUUUAACGCGUAUCGUGUGCUAUUGUAGUAAAACUCGGGUUCGUGUAAUGAUCUCGAUGUUCGGAUCGAGUGGUAGAUUAGCUGUGUCUCUGAUUUUUGCUUUUGUCAGCGUGUUUAUAUUGUGUGAAUAUGUGAUAUAUUAUCCUGUCAUUAUGCGUUGCUCAUGGCCGCAUAUUGAAACUGAAGAUUCACAUUCACUUUUGCGGGCGUUAUUUCUAUCUGAUACUCACUUAUUAGGAGCCAUCAGAGGACACUGGCUCGACAAACUCAGAAGAGAAUGGCAGAUGGAAAGAGCGUUCCAGACAUCUCUGUGGCUUCUAAAUCCAGAAGUUGUCUUCAUUCUAGGAGACGUAUUUGAUGAGGGCAAGUGGAGCUCCAGUCAGGACUGGGAAAAUGACGUCAGACGUUUUAAACGAAUCUUCCGUCAUUCUAGUGACACAAAGCUUGUGGUCCUUAUAGGGAAUCAUGACAUCGGCUUCCAUAACGAAAUGACUAAACAGAAGUUGGAGCGGUUUGAGCAAGUAUUUAAUGUGACAUCAGCAAGGAUCCUCACCAUUAGAGGAGUCAAUUUCUUGCUGGUGAACAGUGUUGCACUACAUGGUGAUCACUGCCCCAUCUGCCAACGUGUGGAGGAAGAGUUACACAAACUCUCACAUGCGCUUAACUGCUCUUUUCAGGGUGCACAGCAUGAUGGCCAGUGCAAGCACACAGAGAAUUUUGCCCCAACAGCACCUGUUCUACUACAGCAUUACCCUCUGUAUAGAGUGAGUGAUGCCAUGUGUACAGAUGUAGACGCAGCCCCUCUGGAUGAACGGUACCAGCUGUUUCGGGAGCGCUAUGAUGUUAUAUCUAAGAGUGCCUCCAAAAAGCUCUUGUGGUGGUUCAAGCCACGCCUCAUUCUGAGUGGCCACACGCACAAUGGCUGUGAGGUACUGCAUGAGAAACUCUACCCUGAGAUCAGUGUCCCGUCCUUCAGUUGGAGGAACCGAAACAACCCCAGCUUCAUCCUGAGCUCCAUCUCCAUCGGCUCCGUCCCCGUGUUGGUGUUGAGGCCAUCAUCACCUUGGCUCCUCCAAACAUCGAAUCCACCAUGGGCAUUUAUCCUGGCUCUGGGUCAACACCUGGUCACUCCUCACAUCCUCGCCUCCCUGGCUCCUACCACCAUCAGCGCCACCCUGGUUUCUUCCACUGGAGCUUCCUCCUUCGCCAGUCCCUCAUCCACCUUCGGAACCACCUCCUCAGCCAUUUUAUGGCGUGAGGCCUCGCCUUGCUGGAAGGAGGCGUUGUCACAUUUAUGUUCAGUUUACCGUAGUCAACCGGAUCCAGGCCGUAUCCAGGUGAGAUUGAGGACCUACGCCUUGACACGACCACAACACACCCCUGAAGUGUCAGCAGAGAUUGAGUCAACUAGAUCAUCCAUUGUGAAGGCCUCAUCGACACGACAGCCAGUGUUUCCACCUGUUUGCCACCUGAUUUCACCUGUUAGAGUUUGGGUUCCUUGCCGCUGUCGCCUUUGGCUUGCUAAGUUGGGGACACUUGACAUUUGAUAUUCAACAGUGCUUUGCAUCUGCCUACAUUGACACCAUUUUCUUUAAGAGCUGCUGUGCAGCCAAAAUUAUAUACCAGUUAUCACUGUAAACCUGCUUUGACACAAUCUGCAUUGUAAAAAGCGCUAUAUAAAUAAAGGUGAUAUGCAUCAGCUGCUCACCUCGCAGAGCGGGUAUUUAAUGAGCAGCAGGUGCGUUGCAUCUUCAGCUUUUCGCUUCGGAGCUGAACAUAUGUGUCUGUGUUUCUGCAAGCAAGUGUCUUCUAGACGAGUCCAGCUCUUCAUACUGCUCUUCUUCUCAGUGCGGGCAGACAGCAUAGCAGCGGGGUCGAGUCCUCUCUUUCUUUUGUUUAUUUUUCUUUUUUGCUUUAUUUGAGCAAAGCUGUUCCCCACUGUAAAAGGCUGUUUUCACGGCCGGUAACAGUGCGCUUUUGAGCGCUGAAUAGCUGUUCUCACAGCUGGUAAGAGCAGCGUCUACAAAGAGAGGAGAGCACACGACAGGCUGCACACAAUCCCUGUCUGUGUUUCCGCAGCCGUUCCCCUGCGUGCUUCCCUGAAAGAGCUUACACAAGUAGAGCUUGCGUCUUUUUAAAGAUGACAUUCUACUUGUGUGUUUCUGGAUGCGGUCGUUACCUGGCAUCGAGGGAUGGUCACAAUCGCUGCAUCACGUGUCUGGGCUUAAAGCAUGCUGAGGCAGCGUUCGUGGAUGAGUCAUGUACCCAUUGUAGGAAGAUGACUAUCUCGGAGUUGACAGUGCCCGAUUCAGAUCCGGAGAUGAUGGCUAUGCUUUCCCGGGCCGCCAACAGUGUCGGGCUCAUGUGGAAUCCUCCACCGUGUCCCGAGCCCUCGCGGUUGGACGAUUGGUAUCUCGGGGUGGUGCGUGCUGGUUCCUUCCUUCCCGGAGGUGCAUGAAGAACUCACUGGUAUGUGGACAGCACCUUUUACUGCCCGAAACCGUUCCGGUGGGUCCUCCUCCCUCACCACCCUUGAUGGCGGUGCGGCGAAGGGUUAUAUGUGCAUCCCCCCUGUGGAACGGGCUGUUGCUUUGCAACUGUGCCCUAACUCCACCUGGCGGGGGGAGCCGUCUCUCACUUCCCGGGCCUGUAAGCGCUCGUCGGAUCUUACCGGCAGGGCUUACCAGGCCUGUGGGGAAGCCGCUUCCGCCUUACACGCUAUGGCGUUGUUGCAGGUCCAUCAGGCCAAGGCACUGAAGGACCUGCACUAGGGUGGUCACAAUCCACAAGUUCUCCAGGAACUUCGUGCCGCGAUGGACCUCGCGCUUCGUGACGGAGAGUAGUGGGAGGGCAAGAACCUCUCCACUCUCAUCCCCCUCUUCUAUCGCCAGCAGGCAGCAGAGCGUGGUUCGAGAAGGCAACCAAAGCCUCUCCUGCGCCUUGUGUCCAACCGUGGAACCAGGUAAGUGUUGCAUAGCACACUCAGACCCCGCUUCGGGCCGCCUUGCAAAGAGAGCCCCCAGAGCCGCGUCCCUGCAUUCCACCUCACUGCCCCACUGCGGGUACGCCUAUGGUCCCUUUGAUCCAGCUUGUCUCUGCGAGCCUGGCUAGCGCUCCCCAGUCCGUCUCGCUGGCUCAUUCGGACCAUCAGGCUCGGCUAUUUGAUUCAGUUCGCCCGGCGUCCCCCAAGUUCAGGGGCGUCCACUUCACUGCAGUGAAAGCUGUCGAUGCCCAUGUCUUGCGUGCGGAGAUCGAGAGCCGGUCCCUCCAGCCGAUAUGAGGUCAGGGUUCUACAGUCCCUACUUCAUUGUACCCAAGAAAAGCGGUGGGUUACGACCGAUCUUGGACCUGCGAAUUUUGAAUCUGAGCCUCCACAAGCUACCGUUCAAAAUGCAUACGCAGAAACGCAUUUUCGAGUGCAUCCGUCCCCAAGAUUGGUUUGCAGCAAUCGACCUGAAGGACGUGUACUUUCGAUUCUCCCUCGACACAGGCCGUUCCUGUGCUUUGCGUUCAAGGGUCGUACAUAUCAGUACAAGGUCCUACCCUUCGGGCUGGCCCUGUCUCCCUGCAUCUUCACGAAAGUCGUGGAGGGAGCCCUUGUUCCCAUGAGAGAACAGGGUGUUCGCAUCCUCAACUAUCUCAACGACUGGCUUAUUCUAGCUCAGUCUCAGGAUCAGUUGUGCAAACACAGGGACCUGGUGCUCAGUCACCUCAGUUGGGCCUUCAGGUCAACUGGGAAAAGAGCAAACUCUCCCCGUGCAGAGAAUCUCUUUUCUCGGUAUGGAGUUGGAUUCGGUCGAACAGACAGCAUGCCUCACAGAGUCAGUUGGUGGGCAGUUGGCAGUUGGCUCAGUCGGUGUUGAACUGCUUGAACACAUUCAAAGGCAGGACAGCGGUCCCACUGAAAUUCUUUCAGAGGCUCCUGGGGCAUAUGGCAGCCGCAGCGGUAGUAACCCCGCUCAGUUUGCUUCAUAUGAGACCGCUUCAGCACUGGCUUCAAGGCCGAGUCCCGAGAUGGGCGUGGCAACACGGCACGUUCCGAGUGGCAAUCACUCCGGAAUGCCACCAAGCCUUCAGCCCGUGGUCGGACCCCUUGUUUCUUCGGGCAGGAGUGCCCCUAGAGCAGGUGUCCCAGCAUGCUGUGGUGUUCACAGAUGCCUCUGCCACCGGCUGGGGUGCCACGUACAAUGGGCAUGCAGUAUCAGGGGCGUGGACGGGCCCCCAACUGCAUUGGCACAUCAACUGCCUCGAGCUGCUAGCAGUACGCCUUGCCCUGAGCCGCCUGAAAGGGCCAUUACGGGGCAAGCAUGUGCUGGUCCGUACGGACAACACUGCGACCGUUGCGUAUGUCAACCUUUAAGGUGGUCUACGCUCCCAUUGCAUGUCGCAACUCGCCCGCCAUCUCCUCCUUUGGGGUCAGAAGCAUCUGAGGUCACUUCGAGCCAUUCAUGUUCCUGGUGUGCUUAACCGUGUGGCCGACGAGCUCUCACGAGCUGCGCUGCCGGGAGAGUGGUGACUCCACCCCCAGGUGGUCCAGCUGAUUUGGAGAGAGUUCGGGGAGGCUCAGGUAGAUCUGUUUGCCUCUCCAGAAACCUCUCACUGCCGGUUGUUUUACUCCCUGUCCGAGGGAACACUCGGUACAGAUGCACUGGCACACAGCUGGCCCGGGCCUUCGCAAAUAUGCGUUUCCCCCAGUGAGCCUACUUGCACAGACCUUGUGCAAAGUCAGGGAGGACGAGGAGCAGGUCCUGCUAGUUGCGCCCUAUUGGCCCAACCGGACCUGGUUCCCGGAACUCUCACUCCUCGAGACAGCCCUUCCGUCGCGCAUCCCUCUGAGGAAGGACCUUCUUUCUCAGAGACGGGGCACCCUUUGGCACCCGCGUCCAGACCUCUGGAAACUCCAUGUCUGGUCUCUGGAUGGGACGUGGAGGUUCUAGGUGACUUACCCCCCGAAUUACUUAACACCAUCACUUCGGCACGUGCACCAUCUACAAGACGUGCUUACGCCUUAAAGUGGAACCUGUUCGUCGACUGGUGCUCUUCUCGCUGAGAAGACCCCCGAAGAUGUUCGAUCAGAGUCGUGCUUUCCUUCUUGCAGCAAGGGUUGGAGUGUAGGCUGUCUCCCUCCACCCUCAAAGUUCAUGCUGCCGCAAUUUCCGCAUACCACGACCACAUCGAUGGCAAGUCUGUUGGUAAGCACGACUUGGUUGUCAGGUUCCUUAGGGGGGUGAGACGGUUAAAUCCUCCUCGACCCCCCUCCAUACCCUCUUGGGACCUUGCUCUGGUGCUUUGAGCACUCCAGAAUGCUCCCUUUGAGCCCUUGCAGUCAGCAGACUUAACGAUUCUGUCGAUGAAGACUUUGCUGCUGGUUGCAUUGGCCUCCAUUAAGAGGGUAGGGGACCUGUAGGCAUUUUCGGUCGAUGAAUCGUGCCUAGAGUUCAGGUGGGCGACGACCACGUGGUACAGAGACUCUGGCCUGGCUAUGUGCCCAAGGUUCCUGCCACUCCCUUCAGGGACCAGGUAGUGAGCCUGCAAGCGCUGCCCCGGAGGAUGCAGACCCAGCCCUGGCUUUGCUCUGUCCAGUUCGCGCUUUGCGACUGUACUUAGACAGAACUCAAAGCCUCAGGACCUCAGAUCAGCUCUUUGUCUGUUACAGAGGCCAGCAGAAGGGAAAGGCUGUCUCCAAGCAGAGGAUGGCCCACUGGAUAGUGGAUGCCAUCGCCUUGGCUUACCAAGCACAAGGCGUGCCCUGCCCGCUCAGGUUGCAUGCUCACUCUACGAUAGGUGUUGCAUCCUCCUGGGCGCUGGUUCGUGGAGCCUCGCUGACAGACAUUUGUAGAGCUGCGGGCUGGGCGACACCUAACAUGUUCGUUAGAUUCCAUAGCCUUUGUGUCGAGCCGGUCUCCUCCCAUGUUCUCACCUCAGGUCAGAGGCACGGAGAGGCCUCGGCUUAGUGUCAGCUUGCUGCUUACUUGCGCUUAUUACUCCAGAGAGUCCCUACAAGGCAGACCCUGUUGAGUCCUCCGAUCUCCCUUCGGCUGCCGGAUGUGGCGUUGUGGCCUUGAGAACCGGAUUUAGGCUGGGUACCAUAUGUGUGACCCUACAGGGAUCCCAUAUGUGUAGUUCCACAGUUGCUCCUAAACGAAGCCUGUGUCUUUCCCUCUGGGAGAACCCACCUCUCAUCAGGUUGGAGUCACCCCAGUACUUCCAUAUGUAGUACAGCCCUACGGGGUUAGUCCAUAUGUACUUCGCCACAUAACUCCUUUGGGGAAGGAUGUGGCUUCCGCAGCGUUCCUUUCCCAGCCAAAAGGCUACGCUUUCCCAGUCUUAUCCAAUAGUCUCACUGUAUGGGUUUUUGGGGAACAGCAGUGAUCGACACUCUCUGUGUUAGCCCUGUCCCACCGUCCUUAGGCAAGGGGGUUCAGGUGGCUUGCAACAGAGCGCUGGAAGGGAGCAGCUCCUGUGGUGCUUUGGUAGGGAUUCCUAUUCGUCGGUCUGUCCGACGUACGUCGAACGUGACCGACUGAAUGGGAACGUCUCGGUUACAUAGGUAACCCUCGUUCCCUGAAGGAGGGAAUGGAGACGUACGUCCCGUCGCCACAGUCGCUGUACCCCGCUGAUGCUGCCGCCUAUCCUGUUCGGCUCCUCAGCGAAAACCUAAAGAUGCAACGCACCUGCUGCUCAUUACCUAUGUAACCGAGACGUUCAUCUUUUACAAAACUCUUUUUCUACACGCAGCCCUCUUGGUCAGGUGCAGCUGGUGCUAAACAUUUUUUGGGAGGCGCAAACAAACUGAAUCACACUGUUAAUGCAGGACUGAAUGUAAUUGUUAAAUAAGCAUUUAACAAGUGAUAUAAUAAUGUAUCAUUAAUGCUUAGUUAAAAAAUGGAAGUUGAAAAUUCUACUGUUAAAGCAUGAAAUAAAGUACCAUGAACCAGUGAAUUUGAGUUUAAUAUGGGUGUAUUAUCAGCAGGGUUUAAAUUGGGCCCGGGCUAUCCGGGGCUAAGCCCCGGCACAUCAUUUAUAAAAUGAUGCAGUUAAUCAACAUCACAGAAGAGAGGUGUUUUCUGUGUUAUUGAAAUCACGAUUGAAAAUAUGACUGACUGAUAUCAUAUCAAUAAACAAGUAGUUAAAAUUAA